CUCGGAUCGGCACACUACUUCCUGUGUGUGUUGUGUUCGCCGUAACUAGACUUCCACUUCCACAGUGUUGACAUCAGAAAGCACCCGGGACAGGAGAGUAUCGGUCAACGCAUUUGUCCUGUAUGGAAGUAAAGGUGACACACACCAGGAAUGGCUGAUGUGGGAGUAAAAAGUCAUCUGCUGAAGCUUUAACACUGACUCCACCACAAAAACAAAAAACACACUCAUCAAAAUGCACCCUGCUGGCUGUCAUAUCCGGCUUGAGACCAGCGGAGACACAAAUAAACAAAGUCACAAGGACAAGGAUGAUUCGUGCCACACUUCAAUAAUGCCCCCUGGCUGGAUCAGGGAGGUGAGGCAGAGGAAAGCUGGCAAGACAGCAGGCAAACUGGACGUCUACAUUACAAGUCCCCAAGGGCUGAGGUUCCGGUCAAGAGCAUCCCUGCAUGCUUUCCUCUUAAAAAAUGGAGAAGAGAACUUGGACAUAAACCUUUUUGAUUUCACUGCAUUGAAAGGCAAUGAUAUCACCACCCUUUCCCAAGUGAAACAGAGGGGAAGAAAGAAAAAACAUGCAGAUGCACAGCAGGAGGAUGCAAGGGAAAUACUGGAUCCACCUCCAAAUAUCUCCAAAUCUAAAAGAGCCUCUUCCUCCCUCAGACGUACUAAAGACAAGAAAGUUAGGAGUUUGGAGGAUUCUAACCAUAUUAACACUGACAUUGUACCAGAGGAGAUCCCACAUAUACCAGAAGAACAAGCUGCUCCUUCAACCACAGUGGAGGAUGUCACACUGCAGAGGAGCCCUCACAGGGUGGGUCUGCUCAGGGAGAAGCUCCUCAGACUGGCUCCCUCCAGUAACCAGCAAAACACUUUGGUUGUUGACAAGUGCGAACAGGCACACUCGCAGCCUUCUGUCCCGAUUCUGAAUGUUGAACCUGCCACUGAGAGCGAGAAUGAGGGUGAGGAUGAACGAGCCGGAGACGACGAGAUUCACGACAAAGGUGACAACAAACCUAAUUCUGAACUGGAGGCUGAUGCCGACAGUCACCAGGAUGUGGAAGACAAAGUGUUAUUACCUGACAUCACUUGUGGGGGCACACCAGUGAGAGAUUCCCAGAAUAAGUCCAAGAACAUGGAAGACAAACGGAAAACAAGCCCUUAUUUCAGCAAGAAACCCCCCAAAGAUGCCCUUAGCCCACCCAGGAGGAAGGCCUUCAAGAAGUGGACACCCCCUCGCUCUCCCUACCACCUCGUACAGGAAACCCUUUUCCAUGACCCCUGGAAGCUCCUGGUGGCCACCAUUUUUCUGAAUAAGACCAGUGGUAAGAUGGCCAUACCAGUACUGUGGCAGUUCUUUGAACUUUACCCAUCUGCAGAGGUGACCCGAGAGGCCGACUGGAAGCCCAUGUCUGAACUUAUGAAGCCACUAGGCCUGUAUGAGCUCAGGGCCAAAACACUUGUUCGCUUCUCAGAUGAAUAUCUAACUAAACAGUGGCGUUACCCCAUUGAGCUGCAUGGUAUUGGGAAGUAUGGCAAUGACUCCUACAGGAUCUUCUGUGUGGGAGAAUGGAGACAGGUGACACCUGAAGAUCACAUGUUAAACAAAUACCAUGCCUGGCUGUGGGAGAACCAUGAAACACUCGGAAUCUGAAACACAAAGUUUGAGGAACGUCAAGGAAGAAAAUAAGUUAUAUCGCAACACUGCAGUUAUGUAACAAUAUGAGUAUUAUGAUGAACUUACAAAGUUAAACCUGAAUUGCUUUAAAAUGAUGCAGUGACAGUCUGAAGAUAUCAACAUUAUCCUUUCCUCAAAAAGUUUUACUUAAUCUGUAAUAAAAUGUUUUAAGUAGUUUAAAAGUU